AUGCCCACAAGAAGUCCAAAAGGCAUGUGGGAAUCUCAGCUUAAAGAUGAAAACUUGAAAAAGAUUAUAGAGAGUUUCGAAUCCACUCAGAAAACUGAAGAAUGUGCCAAGUGGACUGAACGGGGAUUUUUAAUGAAUCAAGGUGUUCUUUACCGAUAUGUCCCUGACUCCGAUUCAAAAGAGGCCCAGUUAGCAAUUCCAACUGCCGAGCGUGAUUCCAUCAUGCGAAAGCACCAUGACGACCCAAUGUCUGGACAUUAUGGAGAGGAAGGAACAUUCCAACGAAUUGCCAGACACUAUUACUGGACUGAAUUAGAAGCAGAAGCCAAUGCUCCAAGACCUAAAACUCUGAGAUUACCAACUGAACCCAUUAAAUUCUGUGUAUAUAUGAUUGAAAAAUAUGGUGAAAAUUACAAUGAUAUGGCAAAAGAUCCCAAGAAUCACUAUCAAGACACUCCCGCACAAAUUAGGAAAAAGAUUCUUAAGUUCAAAAGUAUACCUUGCCAAUGGAAUGGCUAUCUAAGGGCCAAAGGCUUACUAAAUACAAAAGUCAAUAACGAUGAAUAUAAAAUUAACAUUGAAGAAAUAAUGACCAAUGAUAGUGCAGUGGAUGCACCCAUGGAAAGUUAAUAAUAAAAUAGUUUUUUUACUACUUUUUUUAUA